AGUCACGCUUCGCGCUUCUUCUAGAUCACACGACUUAUUGACUUCUUGGAGAUGUCUCGGUAUUUGUUGUCAAGACAAAUGUUUAAUAAGUUUUUAAAUUUGAAGCCAUUGUGCUCUUUCUACUCAUCUAGUCCUAAGGGACAUGUUGUUGGCAUAGAUCUUGGAACAACAAACUCAUGUGUUGCAGUUAUGGAGGGAAAGCAGCCUAAAGUUUUGGAAAAUUCAGAAGGCUGUCGCACUACUCCAUCAGUAGUGGCAUUUACAAGUGACGGAGAGAGACUUGUGGGUGCGCCUGCCAAAAGACAAGCUGUUACUAACUCAGCAAACACGUUUUCUGCAACCAAACGUCUUAUAGGGAGGCGCUAUGACGACCCAGAAGUACAAAAGGACAUGAAGAACUCUGCGUUCAAAAUCAUUAAGGCUUCCAAUGGAGAUGCCUGGCUUGAAGCUCAUGGAAAAGCCUAUUCACCCAGCCAAAUAGGUGCAUUUGUGUUAAUCAAAAUGAAAGAAACUGCAGAAAGUUAUCUGGGGUCGAAGGUGAAAAAUGUGGUGAUCACUGUCCCUGCUUAUUUUAACGAUUCACAACGACAGGCAACAAAGGAUGCUGGGAAAAUCGCGGGCAUGGAAGUCUUGCGUGUCAUAAACGAACCUACUGCUGCGGCUUUGGCUUAUGGUCUGGAUCGAACAGAUGACAAAACGAUAGCGGUUUAUGAUCUUGGGGGUGGUACAUUCGAUAUAUCAGUAUUAGAAAUUCAAAAGGGGGUGUUCGAAGUAAAAUCCACCAAUGGCGACACAUUUUUAGGAGGUGAAGAUUUUGACAAUGAAUUGCUACGCUUUCUGAUUAAGGAAUUUCAACGAGAGCAAGGUAUCGACGUCACUAAAGAUCCAAUGGCGCUCCAGCGUGUCAAAGAAGCUGCAGAAAAAGCUAAAAUUGAAUUAUCAUCUUCCUUGCAAACCGAUAUUAACCUACCUUAUUUAACUAUGGACAAAGCAGGCCCCAAACAUAUGCAUUUCAAAUUAACUAGAGCAAAAUUAGAACAUCUGGUGGAGCCUCUAAUCAAACGUACAAUCGAACCAUGUAACAAAGCCUUGAAGGAUGCCGAAGUAAAAGCUUCAGAUAUCAGUGAAAUUAUACUAGUCGGUGGUAUGACCCGAAUGCCCAAGGUUCAAGAGACAGUUGAGAAGAUAUUUGGAAAGACACCUAGUAAAAGUGUUAAUCCAGACGAGGCUGUAGCUAUGGGUGCAGCAAUCCAAGGGGGAGUUCUUGCUGGUGAUGUCACAGAUGUGCUACUGCUCGACGUUACUCCUUUGUCACUUGGAAUAGAAACUCUAGGCGGUGUUAUGACUAAGCUUAUAAAUCGAAACACAACUAUUCCCACAAAAAAAUCUCAAGUGUUUUCUACGGCUGCCGAUGGCCAGACACAGGUUGAAAUCAAAGUAUAUCAGGGUGAGCGUGAAAUGGCAAAUGACAAUAAAUUACUGGGACAGUUCUCCCUGGUGGGAAUACCUCCUGCCCCACGUGGUGUUCCUCAGAUUGAGGUCACAUUUGAUAUCGAUGCCAACGGAAUUGUCAAUGUAGCUGCACGUGACAAAGGCACUGGUAAAGAACAACAGAUUGUCAUACGUUCCGGUGGAGGUUUAAGCAAGGAUGAGAUUGAGAAUAUGGUGCGCAAUGCUGAACAAUAUGCAGAAGUUGACAAAAAGCGUAGAGACCUCGUGGAGUCAGUAAACCAAGCAGAAGGUAUUGUUCAUGAUACAGAAUCAAAAAUCAAUGAAUACAAAGAUCAGUUGCCUUCAGAUGAGAGGGAGAAACUGAGUGUACUUAUCGAAAAGUUGAAAAGUCGGUUGAGUAACAAAGAUAAUGAAACUGCUGAAAGCAUUAGAGAAGCUACUAAUGAACUUCAGCAAGCAUCGCUGAAGUUGUUCGAAGUUGCCUAUAGAAAGAUGGCAGGUGAGCAGGGAACAAAGACUGACUCUCAAAAUGAGGAAUCAGCCAAACAAGAAAAACAAUAAUCAACGGUUCGUUUUCAGGAUUCCUUCGUCACAAAUGUAUUUGCUUCAACCUUUUAAUUCUCAGAGUCGAGUGUGCUUUAUCGAAAAUCAAUUAACAUUUGUUCUGGUGACAAUAACGGUUAUUUGAUUGUAUCUUUUUAAUUAUUAGCUCCUUUAGGACUCGUCACUUGCAGUAUUAAAAUUGUGUACAUAUUUUGAAAUGUCAUCAAUAAAAUUUAUUUCGGUUCAUCA